GUUCAGUUUGGUGGAUUGGUUUCAGAUGAGAAUAUUGUUCGUGCUGGAGAAGAGGAUGGCGAACUGGGUGAGUAUCGCAGAAAGUUGCAUCGUUUCCUGCAGACGUCGUCCAGUUACAGUCCAGAAAAGUUACUUGUACUGUUGCGUUAUGAUUCGAUGCACGAAGAAAGAGCGAUUUUGCUGGGCCGAUUGAAGCGACACGAACAAGCACUCGCCAUCUAUACGAAUGUGCUGAGAGAUUAUAAGGAAGCCGAGAAUUAUUGUAAGAUAAAUUACGACAGACAAGAUCCUGAGAACUCAAAGGUAUAUUUGAUAUUGCUUCGAAUGUAUACAAAUCCUCCGGAUUCAUCAAUAUUGGGUCUGAUGCAAAGUGAUAUCUACCGAGCGCAGCCGAAUCAGAAUGAGGCGAUCAGGAUUCUCAAGGAGCACGCCAAUGCUAUUGACACUGAGGAGGCGAUCUCUCUUCUUCCAGACGACUACACAUUAAAAAGUGUCUGGCAUGCUUUGGAGGCUGUUCUUCAAGCAACGCAUGACAAGCGAAUUGCGGUAUGUCUUUGUUGUUGGCGUGUUUAA